GGCCGUCGGUCAACGUCCAACACCUCCGCGGGUUUUUCUACUUCUGCUUUCUCCACCAACAACCGCUCCGUUCCAGCUGCUCACCGCGCCAUCCACCACCAUCACCACUUCCACCAAAGGAGACAAUGGAGUGUCUCUACGGUCGCAUGUCAUAUGCGUCCUGGCGCUUGAGGCAAUUCCGUCAACUAGUCAACAAUAGCAGCACCACCAUUCGUGGUCCAAUUCCCCUUCAGCACAACAACCAUCAUCGCAUACGCACAUUAUCCACCUCGACCGACGAGACUGAAUUUCACCCUGAACCUCCGCAACCAGCACAACAACCCUCAGACACCGCUCCCAAAGAAACACCUGCCAAACCCACCCGAAAACCUCGAGCCAAGAAGUUCCCCCCGCCGUCCUCCCUCCUCCCCAAGUCCCCAUUACUCACCGACCCCAAACCCGGCUACGAGCGCCUGCACAAGAAGAAAGCGCGCAGCAAACCCUCGAACCCCGAAGAUGACCUCUCCACGAAUCCCUGGGCCGUGGCGCUGGCCUCCCCGAUCCGCCAAUGCUCCCUGACGGGGCAGCGCAUGCCGACCGAGUUCAUGACCGGCUGGGGUCUGGAGCAACACCCCGAGGGCAAGAGUCUGUUCAUCCACCCGUCCGAGAUCUUACCACCGGUGUCCGUACCCGUACCCGAUCCAUCGCCGUCGUCGUCGCCGUCAUCAUCUUCACCGGAUCACCAGAAGACGACGCAAACCUCCCAAGAAAUCCGUCACCUGCGGUUCCGGAUGGUCAACCGACUGACGCUCCUGAACACGAUCACGGAGAGCAUGCGCAAGUCCAAGCGGAAGUUCCCGGCCAUCGUCUUGACGUUCCCGGUCCGCUGGCGGCCGCCGCUGGGGCCGAUGACGGAGUCGAUGAUGGCGUCGUGCGUCUGGCGCCAGGACAUGCCGCAGUUCGUGACGCGGAUGAUGCGGCGCGAGGUGGGCCAGCGGCUGCGGCGGGCGGCGACGCAGCCGAACGACUCGCCAAAGAGGCAGGUGUGGACCCCGGUGCUGCCGCUGGAGGACGGAGGAAAGCUGGAGGAGGAGGCGCUGGUCGAGGCGCUGGCGAAGAUGGAGCCCAUCGCGCGCAUGGAGACGGGUGCGGUGCUGGUGCUGCGGCGCACCGCCGGCUCGUCGCCGCUGCCCCUGUCGAGCUUCUUCCAUCUGCCGCAGACGAAUUCCAAGGUGCCCGUGUUCGAUAUGACCCGGUUGCUGGCGGAGGAGGAUCUUGCGUGUGCCAAGUUCCAGGGCCAGGCGGCUGUGUUCUUUCGACCGGACGACAAGCCCACGGUCAAUGCGAUGCUGGGCCUGUGGAAGCUGGCGGGGCUGUUGAGGGAUGACCCGCACCUCGAUCCUCACCUUUCCUCCUGA